CUACAGCCUUUGGGCUCUACAGUCUUCUUACGCGUCCUCUCCCCCACUACCCUCUACCUGCAAGAACAUUUAUGAUCAAUUGUCUUAUUUGCCCAAAAACUAGAUUUUAAUUCCCCCUCUUUAUAAAAUGUCGUCUGGUGUAUCAGAUCAAUCGUCAGCAAAAGUGAGCUCACCUACCGAAAAAAAGAAGAGUCUGAGAAAGAGGUUACUUAAACUAUUCUCCAAGAGUGAGAGUAAUUUAAAGGAGAAAGUAGGAACUUCUCACCGGGGAGGCAAGUCAAUCACAGAAGAAUCCAGUACCAUCGGACAUGCAGCAGAACAUGUGGACAAGAAGGGGAGACACAGCUGGAGUGAGAAGAGGGGGAAGAAGGACAGACAUGCUUCACUGGAAGGGAUAUCAGAAGGAGUACAAAGCCUUCCGCGGCUCAAACACCCCAAAUCUGAAGAUGCUGACCUGAGAAAAACAACAAGGACAUCGAAGACUCGCUCUUUAAGCUACUCUGAGUUGGAGCUACCUGCUUCAGGCUUUCUUCAGCGGUUUGGAAGCUUGACUUGGCGCAAGAAGAGGUUCAGUGCCACAGAAUAUAGUGAUGCAGUCCAUGCUGAAUCAUCCCCACAAGCCUCUCAUUGGUCCAUGGGUAGGUUGACUGUAAGUAGUGAGAUAGAAGUGGGUAACAGACGCCCCAGAUCCUGCAUCGUGGAAUCUCACUGUUCAUCUCCAGCCAUAAAAGAUCCCAAGGGAAUUCAAAGGACAUAUGAGGUUUCAACAUCUUUUGAUUGCCUGGCAGAUGGUGCUGGCUGUGGCUUCCCCAGUAUUGGGUUUUCUAAAGACCUAAACACAACAUUGGAUUCCUCUCUCACCCUUUCUGAAAAACCAGAGGAGUCCAUGGACCACUGGGCAGAGAAUAUAUUAAAUAAGUACCUAUCUCCUGUCAGCUACAAACCACAGGGCUCACUGGUAUAUCAUGAACCUGUAGAUUUACAUGUGUUGGACAUUGUGAAAGAAGAUGAAGAACCACUAGUAUUUCAGAGCCCCCUCCAUUUAGAUUCAUUUAGUGUCAUAAAACAUGAAACGUAUUCUCAAAAUGAGACAAGUCCUUUAUGUGAGCAAGAUAUUCAUCCCAACAGGCAUCUCGAUUGCAGCUCACUUUGUGAAGUACAGACAUUAGCAAAACAAAAAACCACACUGGGGCUUGAAAAUAAAUCAAAUAAACCAUUCAAAAAACACAAAUCCAAGUAUACUAUUAUCCUCACCCAAGAAAAAAAUCAGAAGGUACUCUGCCAUGAUGAGCCUCAAGAAAUAUCACAUGAGCCUGUGCAUAACAACAUACCCACAACCCAUAGUCCAAUGCAAUUAAUUAAUAUGGUAGAGGAGAUUUCUACAAAAAAACAAAACCUACAACUCAGAACCUCCUCACAAGAUGCAACAGAUAAUGACAUUGCUGAGGCCCAUAGUUUGCCACUUUUAGAGAAAUCUUUUAAGGAAGGUGCACAACAAAUUAACAUUCCCCUAUAUCCAAGCAUCUUGGGAAGGGGACAUUUGCAGGAUGUGUGUGAAGCCAGAGCAUUAUCACCAAAAGGCGACAUAGUUCAAUCAAGAGAACUGGCAUCUGCAGUCACACCAAAAACCCGAUACGAAGUCAUUAUUACCAUGACCAAGGAGCAACGACAAGGUGAGGGAGAGCAGGUGCCAGAAACGGGAGGGAACAUGCUGAGAGAAGAUGAACUUGCAAGACCAGAUUGCAAGCUGUCACCUUUAUUGGAAUCUCAGGCAUGUGGCAACUGUGGGGUGGGUCCUCCAGAAUUAACAUCUCAGAUACAUUUGGAAUCACAAAAACAGACUGGAAAGGAUACCAUACAGGAGGAGGAGGAGGUGACACAUCAGGACAGAUCUUGUGACGUGCCAGUUGAGGGGUGCUCCCUUCCCACAUCUGGCUUUGAGCAGAACAGUGAACACUAUAGGUUUGAAUCCCCCAAGAUGGAGAAAGGCAACCAUCAGAAAAAUCGUGGCUGCAGCCCAUAUAGGAACCAAGAUCUGAGAACGGUAGAGAUAAGAACCACAAAUGAAACAACGAAAUUAUCUAAGAAUAGGGAAAAAGUACAGAAUAGGAAAUUGCCAACAGGCUUUGUUACUCCAGAGAUCUACAUGGGCCAUGUACAAUGUCUGCGAAAUGUUUUUGAGGAAAUUACCCCAAGAGAGCAGGUGGCUGUACGAGAGGGGGAAUGCAAAACUAAGAUGUAUGGAUCACUCAGAGAAAAAAAGCGUCCAGUGACUAGGGACCUGCCCAUCUCACCUGGUGUCCAUGGACCAGUAUACUCUCAAGUUUUUAACCCCCUCAAAAAACAGUUUUUGGAGAAACAAUGUCAACAUGCUACAUUCUCCAAUAUAGUGAACUCUGCUGUGCAACAUACUGUUCCACUGCCACAGGACAUGAAGAGAGAAUGUACAGAAAACAAUGGGCCUUGUACAGACACUUCAAUCUUUCAGUCAGCAACCAGAAACCAGGAAGAAGGGGAUGCUAAUUCUAAACAUACUAGAUCCCACCUCCAGGAUCGUCACCUUCCCUCCAGUAUUCGAGUGUCAUCAACAGAAUGCACUACUAAUAAUCCAUCUAUCACUCUGAGGUCACCAAAAGGCUGGAAAAAUGAGAACCGUGUUCUUAAAUCACCCAAAGCCAUUAUUGCACAAUGUCUUGACCCUAAAGUGAUCCAUGAUUCUUCAUUGCUACCUCAGAAGUUAGAAGCAUUCUAUUUCUCACCUGUGAAAGCAGAACCUUGGCAUAACACCUCAGCCUCACACAGACCUGAAGAUGCUGACAGACCAAAUAAUAAUUGGUCAGUAAAUGACACUGAUGUUUCAGAUGAACAGUUUAAAAGUUCUUCCAGUGUUGACCUAGUUCAAGAUGUGAACAAUCAUUCUUUUAAUGAUGAAGUUAUAAGAAGCAAAGAAAGAAAGAGAGAAUGUGUUUCUCCUAUAAUAAUCAAAAAAACCCAGUUAGUUGAUCUGCAGUAUAAGGAUUCAGGGCAAUCUAAAAACAGAAAAAGCAGGACAAAUAAUUUUACAGUAAGGGAGGAACAGACAAGUGAAACAAAAAAUGAGUUAAAAACGCACAAUGUAAGCCUAAGGUUUGCACCAAAAUUGAAUCCAUACCAGGAAAACACUGAACCAGAUCAAAAUGAGAAGCUUCAUAAAAACACAAGAUCUUCAUUAGCACCACGAAAACAGUACAGAAAUAUUCAUAUUAAUCCAUCAAAUGACAAUAUUACAGAAGAAGAAAAAAAAAGUAAAGCCCGGUGUGUACAAAACAUAUCGGUCAUAAUUGAUAAAAGAGAAAGAGAAACUGAUGGUAGCAGAGGGACUCUUGUAAUUUUAGCAGAGGAUACACAUAUUAGAGAGAAAGAAUUACUUACCAGGUCUAGCUCCACAUUAACAGCAGUAAAAGAAAUAAAAAACAAACCCCUAGAAGAAACAUCUUUGAGGCCCUAUUCUAAUUUUGAUGAUAAAAAUGACAUUGGUGGAGAUGAAAUAUUGGAAAACAAAACAAUGGAACAAAUAACAUUGGAUCAAACAGCGUAUGAAAACAUUUGUAUAGAGAUGUCACCAAAAUAUAACCCCAAACAUAAUAAUCAUAGCACUUUAUGUACAGAACAAUAUCUUUCUGAAAUUAUAAAUGAAACAGAAAUGCCAGCAGAAGAUGUGAUGGACCAUACUUUAGCUGAGAUUAAUCAAGAAGGAAAUGUGAAGGAUUCUUACAGAAAGAUAAUAGUUGAAAAGCUAACAGCUCAAAAAAGGCAUGAAUCAGAAGAGGCCGUAGUUGGAAUACCAGCUGUAGUCCCAAACACAGGAACGUUUGAAAAUACUCAAGUCAUUCAAACAAGCAUUUUAAUGCGUCAGGAUGAAAAUAUUAUGGUUCUCCAAGAAUCUGGCGAUGUUGAGAAAAUAAAUAGUAAUAUUAGACUUCAGCCAGAUGAAGAUGUAGGGAAAGAGAGCAUGACUAGCGAUGUAACAAGCCAAGUUCACAAUGUUGUAUCAGUUGUGUCCACUAAACACAAACAAGCUGAAAAUUUACUUAACCAACAAGAUGAAAAUGAGAAUUAUGAAGCUAAAGGUGAAGGAGUAAAAUUAUCUCAAAGCAUAACUGUCCAGCGUAAAGAAUUAUUGAAUGGUGAACAAGCUGGUGAUAUCAGAGACUUAGCAGCCUUGAUAGAGAAGGCAACAGAAAAUACCACUGAAUAUCUUUUGGACAAUGAUACAGACAAGGGUACAGGAUUGAUUAACACCUCUAAUCAUGCGUUACUUAUGGCUUCCUUAAAUAAGGAGGCAAUAGGAGGUGAAAUAAUCCAGUCAGUUGGAGAUGAUAUUUGUAACAUGGCUGAUCAUUCCUCUGAUGUGAAUAAUCAUUUAGGUAACAUCACAGUUAUUGUGUCAACAGACUUCCCAGUGGUAGAUGAUAGUCUCCAGGCUCAUCAAGAUGAGGUAGAACAAGCAGCUUAUAGCACUAAUGAAAAGAGUAUCAACAUAAACGCCAUUGCCCAGCCAUCUAAAGAUGAUACAAACCAAGUAACAUGUAUUAAUAACCAACAUAAAAGUGUGAUUAAUAUGCCAGCUAACAAUGUGUCCUCCACAAAACAUGAACUAGUUGGAGAUAUUAAUAUACUGACUUUUACCAGUGAGACAGAGCAAGCUGUCAAUAUUACUAAAGUAUCUGAUGGCCACAACAAAAUUACUUCCACAUUUCAUGAUUCAUCAGAAACUGUUAAUACCCAGCCAGUUGUAGAAAAUGUAGACCAAACACAGGAAGACUGUGAUGUCAUCACAAAUCACUGCAGAGAUAGGAUAGAUAAAGCAGCAGAUAGUAUUAAUGCAGUUAAUGAUACAGCUGUCAUUGCGUCUCCAGAAAAAGAAAGCAUGGCAAUACAACCAGCUGGAGUUGUUAUAUAUCAAAAUACUGACACAUUAGCUGCAACAGCAACUAAAGAGUUGUCAGAAACUGUCAGUGUGCAACACGACACAAUACAGGAAAGCAUGGUGACAGAAAACACUGGAAACGCCAUAUUAAUAAACACAAGUAAUUCACAGAAAUCAGUCAACAGAAGAGAUGAUGCAAAUGCCAUAAGUGAUGUUUCCAGCAACCACAAAGGGGACUUUGAUAUAUCUGCAAACACAGAACCCAACUUUCGGGAAUUUCUUAAGCUUGGUGAUAAAAACAGUAGCCAGGUAGAAAUGACGGGUGUAAAUGAAAAUCUUAUAUUGACUGAUCACAGCAGGACUGUGAUGCCAUCAGAAAUACCAUGCAUUAAUACUUCAGAGAUUACACAUUUAGCACAACAGACCAAAAAUUGUAGACAUAUUGAAACAGACCCAUGUGUGGUGUCCUUUGACCAUGAAGAGACAAUGAGAAACGAUUCUGUGCCACAGCUUAAGUUACCUAGUAUGGAGACUAUUGAAGAUGUAGCCAUCAGGAGUGAAAGGGUUAGCCAAGUUUUAGCAGAUGAAGAACCAGAGGUCUCGGAGAACAUGGAGGUAUGGGUAAAUAGACUACGGCAGCUAGAGUCUCCUGAAAAUUUGAGGCUUCCCAGAGCUCAACGCCAUCAUCGUGCUUCUCCACUCUCCAUGUUUGCAACUCUGCCACCCAUACAGGAAGAUCAGGGAUCACCCACAAAUAUACACACUAAUAUUAUGUGUAGGUUGCAAGAGGAAAAUGAUGAGCCAGAAAAAAGCAUACCUGGAAAAUCAGGUUUAAGCCACCCUGGAGUAGAUACCAAAAAUAAUAUGGCAGAAUCAGACAAGCCAUACUCUUGGGAAAGAAGCACUUUAACACCAUCAAACAAGGAAUCUCCACUUGAGAUGAUGCGGAAGCAUUCUGGCGAUGCAGUUUCCAGGAGUACAGCUUACAAAGCCUUAAUUACACAAAACCUCAGCCAACGUCAAGGUUCCAUUAUUGGGUCAUUGCUGCUCUCUGAUCACCUAGAUAAAAAAACAGAAACGUCCGAGGGAAAGGUUUAUUCUAGGCUAGAAAGUAGCUUUCUCCUCAGUAGCUACAGUAAAGGUAAAAAAGACCCACAUGGGAAAGGUGAGAACACGUCAACUUCAGGUGAUGACAACAACGAACUUCCACCAAAAGAAUCUCUGGACAAUCCACAGUUUCAGGACACUGAUGAAUCCUGCACAGAACAACCUGAUAAGACAGCAGCUGGGCCGGUUACAAUUGAUAUUCCUAUAUCUAAACCAUACAUACCAAUUACUUCUCAGCCCAAAGAUCUACCUGAUAUCUGGCUUAACACCAAGAAGGAGCAUGGGAAACUGAAUCCUAGACCAGGGAAGAUCAUUCUGUUCUCUGAACCAGGGUUCAGGGGACAGAAAUAUGAGAUCUACAGUGAUUUGGGUAACACAAGUAGUUGGGAGCUGCAACAAUCAAUGUCCGUGCGUGUUAUUCGAGGAGGCUGGCUGCUAUAUGAGAAACCACUGUACCGUGGGAAACGUUUAAUGUUACUGGAAGGUGAUAUGGACUUAAGCUGCCCAUGGGGAACAAACACUGAGGAUGACACAAGACUAAAGAAAUCCUGGAUCGGAUCCUUGCGCCACGUGGUUAAGGAUUUUCAAGUCCCAGAGAUUAGUCUGUUCCUAGAGGAGAAUGGUGAGGGUGAGAAGGUGAAGAUUGUGGGACCAGCACCAGAUACACGUGUGAAUGGCCAGCCUAUCAAGACGGAAUCAAUCAUUGUCCACAGUGGACUUUGGCUGUUAUAUAGUAAACCAUUCUUUGAAGGAGACCCAUACAUUCUGGAGUCUGGGGGAUACCCCAACAAGAAAGCAUGGGGUGGGCUGGAUUCCGACUUAUGCUCCCUGCAGCCUGCACGAAUAGGAGGUCCAACUGUGGAGAAACCAAAUGAACCAAAACUGCACAUUUUCCAAUUGCCUGGAUUUGAAGGGCAAGUUUGGGAGGUGACCAGAGAUCUGCACUCAGUACAUGGAGAGCCAAACUCCAACGGUGAGCGUCUAACUUCUGUGGGAUCUUUGAAAGUUCUUGGAGGAUGUUGGGUGGCAUAUGAGAAGGAAGGUUUUAGAGGUCACCAGUACCUGUUAGAAGAAGGUGAAUUUAGAGAUUGGUCCCACUGGGGUGGCUACAACAAGGAGUUGGGUUCUAUUCGUCUGAUCCGCACGGAUUUCUCAGAGCCAGAAAUAGUGCUGUAUGAGGAUCCCGGGUCCUCAGAGGGUCCAUGCCUACGUCUAAGUGAAACACUUGCUGAUGUGGAGGUUGCUAAGUACAGGACAAAAACAGGUUCUAUUCAUGUACUGAGUGGGGUAUGGGUGGCCUACGAGAAUGUUGAUUUUUCAGGAGCACAGUAUAUUCUGGAGAAAGGAGCCUAUCACAGCUUCCAAGACUGGGGAGCUGAGAAUCGCAAAAUUAGCUCUGUUCAACCAGUAAUACAGGUUGGGGGGCACAAUCUACAUUUCUUAUCUAAGAUUCAAUUGUUUUCUAAGCCCAACUUUCAUGGUGACUGCCUGACCUGCGAGGAGGAUUGUGUUUCUCUCCCAGAAUCCUUUUCACCCCAGUCCUGUCGGGUAGAGGGAGGCAGCUGGAUUCUCUAUGAGGGUGAGGACUGCAGUGGAGAACAAUACAUUGUCUCAGAAGGAGAUUACCCCACAUACACUGCAAUGGGUUGUCUGACCAUUUGUGCUCUGCGUUCACUGAGGAAGGUACCUUUUUAUUUUUCAGUUCCCUCUAUCUCACUUCAUGGCCUGGAGAGAUUUGAGGGAAAAGAGCUAGAGUUCUCUGGAGAGGUUCGGAGUCUGCAAGGCGAAGGCUACAAUAACCACGUGCUGUCUGUAAGGGUUGAAAGUGGAAUAUGGGUGGUGUAUGAACAUAGUGACUUUAGGGGUAAACAGUGGCUACUGGAACGUACACAGAUCCCUAAUUGGCUGCUUUAUAGUGGGUUACAAAGAAUUGGAUCGCUCUGCCCCAUCCGACAGAGAAGGGUGUAUUUCCGGCUUAAGAAUCAUGCCUUGGGUCUGUUCCUGUGUGUCCCAGAAUCUUCAGAGGAUAUGAAAGCUUCACGUGUCUUGUUGACUAAACCAAAGGAAGGAUGCUGUGAUCUUUGGUAUUAUGAGGAGGGAUGUAUCAAAAAUCAGGUUGCUCCUCAUAUGAGCCUGCAGAUGAUUGGACAGUCUUGUGCUGGUACUAAGGUUGUUCUGUGGGCUGAGGGACGCAAACCCAUUCAAACCUGGAGCCUGGACCAUUUAGGUUAUAUACGCAGUCACACUUUCCAGGGCAUGUGUCUUGAUGUUAAAGGAGGUCAAAGUUAUGACUCAGACCAUGUUGUGGUCUGGGAGGUUGAAGAGGACAGACCUACUCAGCGAUGGGAUAUAGAGGUGUACUGAUGUGAGCACCCAAACUAUGUAGGGACCCACAUGUAUUUCUCGUGGAUCAGUCUUCCACGGCUGAUGGGUCCAGGUGAUACAGUAGUUCUACACAGUAGGCUCUGUUCUUCCCACAUUAAUAAGUAACUCAGGAUCUGGCCUGUUCAUUAAAUUCAGACUCUAUAGAUGAACCAUUACUCAGUGAAAAGGAGUAGGUUCAGUGGCAACUGGAAGUUCUUUCCUAUUCUCUUCAAAGUAUCCCAUCCCAAGCCUACAAAAUGUGAAACCUCUGUCUAACAAUAAGAGGAACCAAAUAUCUUCCAUACAGUAUUAAUGGGCAUCAUGACGUUUAAUGCUCAAAUACAGUGAUGUUUAUAUAAUAUAUAUAUAUAUAUUUAUAUAUAUAUAUUUCAUACAGCGUUUUCUGAUCGGCAGUUUUUUCUCAGUCACAAGCUGCUGGUUUCGUAUAUAUUUUUGGGAUACCUUAUAAAUGGCGGGAACAUGAGAGCUUCUCUGAAGUGAAGAUAUUGCAAUGGACAUCUUUUAUGUAGCACAACUUAAUUUCGCUGAUUGGUGCUAUAUUCUGGGUGCCUCACUGCAUUUACACUUGCAAAAAAAUGAUCAUGAGCCAAUCUGUUAAUAAAUAAUGCAUUUUCAAAAAAA